AUGAGUGUUUUGAAAGAAAAUGUCAAAAAACUUAAGCCAAUUGAUAGGUAUUGUUCAAUCCUUUUUGAUGAAAUAAGUCUAAGUAGCGGUAUUCAGUAUACACCGGCAACAGAUGUGAUUGAUGGAUUUGUUGACUCUGGUGCCUAUAAAAAUCAAAGCUUGGCUGACCAUGCGCUUGUUUUUAUGGUUAGAGGGAUUAGAAAGAAGUUUAAGCAACCGGUAUGUUAUACGUUUUGCCAAGCAGCCACCAAACAAAAUGAGCUAGUGCGACUGUUGAAAGAGGUUAUUCGUGAAGUACACAAAACUGGAUUAAUUAUUGUUGCGACUAUUUCUGAUCAAGGACGAGCAAACGAAGGAGCAAUAAAAAUAUUAAAUGCAGAAACUAGAGAAUAUUGUAUAAGACAAAGUAAACUGUAUAAAGAUGAUUUUUAUGAGGUUGAAGUUGAUGACACAAGGUUACAAAUUGUUCAUUUAUUUGAUGUUCCACAUCUUAUAAAAUGUACAAGGAACAAUUUGUUAACUAAAGACCUUAAGUUUACAAUUGAUGGUGUACAAAAAACAGCCAAGUGGGAGCACAUUGUACAGUUGUACAAUGCUGACAGUGCUAUUCCUGAUUCAAAAAUGCUUCCUCGUUUAUCAGAUAAACAUGUUAUUCCGGAAAAAAUAUCUAAAAUGAAGGUGAAAUGUGCCACACAGAUAUUCAGCCAUCGUGUGUCAGCUGUUAUGAAUUUUCUUGCUACUCAAAAUAUUAUUGAUUCUGAUGCUGUUGAUACUGCAACAUUUCUAUUAUUUUUUGAUAAGUUAUUUGAUUCAAUGAACGGUUCUUUUGAUAAAAUAGUUGACGGCAAAAUUUAUAGAACUGCAGUAAAGAAAAAUUCUGUUCACCAUCAAUUAUGGGAAGAAAGUCUAAAAAUUCUGUCAUCAAUGAAGUUUGUGGGAAAAAAUAUGAAAACUGUUAGUGUUCCAACAUUAAGAAACUGGAUGACCACUAUUAGAGGUUUUCAAUAUCUGUCAAAAGUGCUAGAUGCAAAAGGUUUGAAGUCAUUGUUGCCCCGAAAUUUGAAUCAAGAUCCGCUGGAAAAUUUUUUUGGAGCAGUCAGAAGUCUUGGUUGUACUAAUCCCACUUGUGCAUCAUUCAUUCAAUCCUAUAAAACGUUGAUGCUCAACAAUUUGGUAUCACCUCAUUCACCUGGUGCUAACUGUGAGGAAGAUCUUACUGAGGGUACUUUGACAAAUUAUAAAAAUUUAUUUUGUUCUCAACAAGACAUACAUUAUACUCAACAAAAUUUAACGGCUGAUUUACCCAGACCUUCUCUACCAAUUCUCAGUGAUAAUACUGAAUAUUUAAGGCAAUUGUCACAUACCUAUAUAUCGGGUUUCAUAAUAAAAAAAUUAAAUCGCGAUGUCUUAAAAGAUUGUAAAAAAUGUCUAAAAAUAAUAUGUACUGAUCAACUAUCAACAGAACAUCAGCUUAUAUCAGUUAGAGAAUAUCGGCCUACUAAACUUAGUUUAAAAUAUCCUUCUACUUCAUUUCGGUCCUUAAUUAAUAAUAUUAUUACUUACAUAAAUAAUGUAUUACCUUCAAUAUGUCACCAUCAACAAAUUAAAUUAACACUAGUAAAUAAUCUUUCAUCAAAUUUUGAUUUAAGCAAUUUAUGCUGUUCUGACCAUACUAAUAUUUUUAAAGAAAAAAUUUUAAAUUAUAUUGCUAAAAUGUUUAUCAACCAUUGGUGUGUUGAAGUUAAUAGAAUUUUAUGUGGUAAACGUCAAAUAAGAGUAGGUGAAAAAGAUCCCAUUAAAAUUCUAGCUAAUGUAUGGUAUAAUAGUCAUUCAAAAAAAAAAAAAUUACGGGUAAAUACAAUCAGGUAUAAAUUGUAA